AUGCCAUUAAGAAGCUGGGUGCUACUGGACUCUAAGACAAGAUUCUGGACCCAGGAGAUGCUCUGCUUCAGGUCAACGACAAGGCUGUACGGCUACUGGACGUUUGAUACACAGGAAGAGUUGGAGAACUUCCCCCUGCCUACGAUCCACCACUGCCAGACAGUGUUGAAUCAGACCAGAUAUCCAUCUGUCCUACUGCUGGUGUGUCAAGACACUGAACAGCACAGACCUGACAUACACUUCUUCCACUGUGACGAGGUGGAGGCAGAGAUGGUCCAUGCAGACAUCGACAGUGCCCCUGGUGACAACAAACAUGGGAGAAGAUGCGACCACAGACCUUGA